AGCCCCUUCAGUGUUGAAGGGGCCGUAAAGAUAAAGAGUUGUGAAUCGCAAUGCCGACUCCAACAACUGCACUGGAUCUCCAAAGAGAUAUCCUCCAACUGCGAGAAGAGCUGCUGGGGAAAUUUCAGCGCCUUGAAAUUCGUCUCCAAAGACUCGAGACAAAACAGCUGAACGGGCUGGAGGCAAAUGAUGUGGCGACACAUUCGCCGUUGGCUGGCGAAGAUGGUGGUGGCAAUGAGAUGGUGGAGAUGAAGGUGGAUGAGAAUGUGACGCAACCAGAUCUUUGGGAUGUAGAGCUGAAAACUGGAGAUGCGAUUUCGAGACAGACAACGCAGCAAUCCUUUGAUGACAUGUCAGAGCAGCAGGAAGGCCAAGUUCAUUUUGGAGAGAGCGCAUGGACUUUUCCUUUUGUCAUUGGUUUGGUCCCUGCCGGUCAGUGGGAUAUGACCUUCUCCAUUCUGCUGUUGCUACUGAAUCUGGGUAUGCAGGUAGCAUUUACAAUCAUCAUUUCCACGGAUGAUUUCAUGGGCACCCCCUUUUGGCGUCAAAUCCACUAUGCGAAGCGAUGGCGCAUCAGUAUGGCGCACGACUAUCAAUAUUUGGACCUGGCUGGGAGGAGCUUGGUGUCGCGCGUUUGUGCAGGGGAUGGGGCGUUGAUUCUGUCCACCACCCAAGCCACCCUAGUGGAGCAGAUCAACAGCUUCUUGGGAUUGCAGGAGGAUCAGUUCGAGGCCCCCUUUUUUCAGCCCGGGACGUUGCUUUGUAUGCUGUGUAUGCUCUUUUGGAGCCUUUGUGUCUACAAGGAGUACCGCAACAUUUGGCUGGGUUUGGAGGUGGUAUUGCGGAUCCCCCGCUCUGACCAGUCGAUCUUCCGCGACAAUACCUUGCGCAGUAUCUGCAAAGGACGCUUCAAGAUUCUGUUAUUCACAUAUUUGGCACGUGCCGCCAUAGCCACGCUACUUCUUGGCGCAGGAAUUCGGUGGCUUGCUGAAACCACAUCCAUCACUGACUUGAUGCUCAAUUGUGUGGCACUGAAUGCAAUCCUGGAUAUAGAUGAGUUUUUGUUUGCCGGCUUCACUCCAAUUUCAAUUCAAGUGGCGGUCCAGAACUUGAAACCUGUCAAGAUGAAGUACGGCCGACAGCGCAGCCAGCUUGAGAGUUUUGGCUUGCUAAUCCUGCUGAUCGGCACACUGCUCAUACCCUACUUGUUCUUACUGCAGCCGCUAGCUGAAUCGAUGAUUGCUGUGAAAAUAGAGCUCUGUGGCGGCAAUCAAACCUUUGUGAUAGGACGCAAUUCAGAAACCCAGCAAAAUAUCGGACUUGUGACCAAAAGCGGCUUCGACGCUUCAGAUCUCACCAUCACCGAACUGGCGGUUGACAUUCACAAGUCCACGACAGGAUCUGAAGAGCCGUACCUUUUCUUCUUCGCUCCCAAUGCUCGUGGCUUUGACCAGCAACUCAAUGCGGACAUGGCUACUACUACAACGCAAUUUGGGUUCUGCAUCGAAACAGAGGUUCUUCAGCCGAGUGGACAAUUCUACGGAGAUCCUCUCGUUGAGCCCAUGGUGGAAAGGAUUCUUCGGUUGGCAGCUGCCAGCCUGGGCCAAGUGGAUUUUGAUGACAUCGGUUGUGCCGACGUUAAGUUUCUUUGUUCUCGCCCCGAUGCGCGGCUGCUGCGAAUGGUUUGUGGUGCUACCUGUGGAUGCAAUGAUCCUUUUGCCUCGGCUUGGCAUAAGGUGCCAUCGCAGGGGUGUAUUCCAUCCUGCUUGCAAUAUGCCACGGAUCAGUUGGCGGCAUCAACUUGCGAAGACCAACUCGUGCAAGAGGAAUGGGAACUAUUUUGGGACCUCUACCCAGAUGCCAUCAGUGCCUUUUUCAACACUGAUGUUAGCCAGUCAUCAAUCUAUCCCGCUCUGGUAAACCUGUCCAACGUCAUGAAGUCUAUGGGCUGCUCGGCGCUGAGGAACCCCAGCUUUCAAGAUGAACUUGUGUCCCGCACUCGCUGGUGUGAGGGCUACUUGCCUUUGUUUCGGCCCCUCGCUGGCCAUUGUCCUGCAUCUUGUGGCUGUGUUGGAGCAAGUCCGCUGCCAGUGUAUUGUCCCAGCAGCUGCGCAGCUGUGACAUCUGCAUGAAAUAUUGUGGCUUUGGCAUGGUGGCAUCUCCAAACAGCGUCAUUGUGUGCCAAAUUAGUCUUCCCAUACAUAAGCUGUAUAUGCAUUUUCGGGGAGACCAUGUUUCCUGAACACUUAUUGCUUGUUGAGGUGCGUGGGAUAUAUCUUUAUCCGAACCUUGGAAGGAAACAACCAAAUUAGACACUACAAAACAUGGCAAUCGUCUCGCAAGUCAU